UCUCUUCACAGUAGCAGAUGGAGCUUCCUCAAACUGCCCAGUGCUGUUUUUCAUUUUAAAAGAGACAGGACUGUGGAAGUGUUUCACUUUCUGCUCUAGCUGGUGUAUAGUAACAGCAGCAAAGCUGAGUGCCGCUGCUACUCCGCUCUCAGAGCAAACCUGUUAAAGGAUUUUUCCCCCCCUUGAUAAAUCAAUAGGCAUGACACAGCUGCAGUUCAAAGAUGCAUUUUGGUGCAAGGAAUUCACUGUCCACUCUGGCUAUGAGGUGCUUCUCCAGCGAAUGUUGGAUGGCAGAAAGAUGGCAAAAGAUGUGGAGGACUUGCUUAAACAGAGGGCACAAGCAGAAGAGAGAUAUGGGAAAGAGCUGGUUCAAAUUGCUCGAAAAGCAGGAGGACAAACCGAAAUCAACACUCUGAAGGCAGCAUUCGAGGUCCUAAAGCAACAAAUUGAAAAUGUUGGAAACUCUCAUAUCCAACUGGCAUUGAUGCUGAAGGAUGAACUGAAAGGAAUAGAGGAGUUCAGAGAAAGACAGAAGGAGCAACGAAAAAAGUACGAGACUGCAAUGGAUCGUGCGCAAAAGAGCAAGGUGUCCCUUUAUAAGAAAACAAUGGAGUCAAAGAAGACCUACGAGCAGAAGUGCAAGGAUGCAGACGAGGCUGAGCUGGCCUUCGAGAGGAUAAGCGCUUCAGGCAACCAAAAGCAAACAGAAAAGAGUCAGAACAAAGCCAAGCAAUAUAAAGACACAGCAAAUGAAGCAGAAAGGGUGUACAAGCAGUAUAUAGAACAGCUGGAUAAGGCCAGAAUAGAGUGGGAGAAGGAACAUAUCAGCACCUGUGAGGCCUUUCAGCUCCAGGAAUGUGAUCGUAUCACCAUCCUCCGGAACUCCCUUUGGGUUCACUGUAACCAGCUGUCCAUGCAGUGUGUGAAGGAUGAUGAGAUGUAUGAAGAGGUUCGAGUGAGCUUGGAGAACUGUAACGUAGAAUCAGACAUGGAUUACUUUAUUAAGAAUAAAAUGACAGGAACAGAUCCACCAGUUCCAAUAGGAUAUGAGAAUUAUUAUGCCAGAGAAUCUCCUAGAUGUAGCAACAGCCCAGUCCAGUCUUGUGGGAUGAUGAAAAGAUUCUCCGGAUUGUUACAUGGAAAUAGCAGAAACUCCAGUGAAACCAUCAUUCCCACAGCCCCUCCUAUAGACGAGAAAGUGGAUGGAGUCUACGCCGCUAUUAAUGUGGGUGAACAAGCAGCAACCACACCAUCACAGGACUACAGAGUGCUCUACGACUAUACAGCCCAGAACACCGAUGAACUGGACAUCAGUGCAGGAGACAUCAUAACAAUCAUUGCAGAAGGCGAGGAUGGUUGGUGGACAGCAGAAAGGAAUGGUCAACAAGGAUUUGUACCAGGGUCUUACCUCGAAAAGCUUUGAUGAAAAGAUGCAUCUGCUUUAAGACCUUAAAAAUACCUUAUUCUCUAAAAUGGCACACAUGGUCUGCCAGUGUUCACCAAGAGGAGCCCAUAUCAUUGUCUUCUAAGAUUAUCACUUGGGGCUAACAAAUUGUCCAUGCCUUUUUCUUCAGGCCUCCCUCCCCACACUGGAGUCUUCCCAGAGACACUACAGGUGUUCCCCUCUUACAAAGGCUUUUAUCCCUUUGACUGUUCCAUCAACAUUGCAUUGAACACAUUCCCUCAGCACCUCAAAAUUACGACAAGUAUGGAAAAAACAAAACAAAUUUCUCUGCACAAAAAAAAAUUGCUUACAAAAAUGGAAUAUAAGAAAUGUCCCUCAGUAAGUCUGUAUCACCUCCUGACAGGCUUGGAGACACUCUAAUUGGUAGAGAAUAUGACUGUUAGCACAAAUUAUCUCUUUCUUUAUCUGCAUAAGUAGCAUAGGCAUCUUUGACAGAGGUGUGGAAUACGGGGAUGGUGGUGUGGGUAUGCUGUGCUCAGGAUGAAGACAUAACAGGGUCUAAGCUAUACGACACGAGACAGAAGUUCAUGCAGUCCCUCUCCCCACCCCCAAAUGCACGAAUGGGAGAAACGGGUAAGGAUUCCCCACCUAUUUUAUCAUCAGAGCGACUAGGACGAAUCAAAGAUGAAACGCUGCUUUAAAGAACAUUAAAAGGAUUGUGACAUGCACUGAGCUAAUGAAGAAAACGUAAGCCCUUCCACCCCACCACCAACUCCUCCUGCUAUAAAACCCCAAGUCCUCUAUUGCUCCAUCCUUGUGUGGAAUCCAAAGGCAAAGAGAUCAGGAUAGACCCUGAUCCUUGUUGGAAGUUGCCUUUUUUUAAAUGGCUUGUGUCAUAACCUUAAUAUGAUUUGUUAUGUUUAAAAAUAAAGCUAAGUAAAGGCUUUCACUAGA